UGUUUAGAAUACGGACAGAGGAAGAAGAAGAGAGGAGCCUCCUCUCGCAUAUCAACAGAAGGCGAUGCUUGAGAGCUACAACAUCUGUAAAAUAUACACGUAACCGUACCAUUCGGAGUAUAGUAGAGUUUUUAUUGUCUUUAGGAUUAUAAAUAAAUUCUUCUUUGGCGCGGCAGCUAUAGUAACAAACCAUACGCCAAAUGAACGGAGCAGCAUUCCCCUCCCCCACGGCAGAGAUAGCCGAGAUAAAUCGUAUCCAGUAUGAGCUGGAGUACACUGAAGGGAUCAGCCAGAGGAUGCGCAUCCCUGAGAUGCUCAAAGUGGCCCCACAAGCCCACGAGGACCCUAAUGUUGGAUCUCAGGAAGUCCCCCGCAGUGUCUUAAUGCAAGUCCCAGAGAGAAUUGUGAUUGCAGGAAAUAGUGAUGACCCCCAGUUCUCCAGACCUAGAGACCUGGACCUAAUCCAGUCAACACCACUAGAGGCCCUGUCACUGAAGACUCCACCUCGAGUCCUCACCCUCAGUGAGCGGCCUCUGGACUUCCUGGAAGAAGAGCAGCGAGCAGCUCCAGACACUGAGGAGGUGUUGCGGCCCCAAGGACGAGUGCGACGAGAACGCUCAGCCAGUGAAAAUGCAGCUGUCCGUAAUAACAGUCAGCUGAUGAGAAAUGAUUCCGCUGCAACCAUGUCCCCCCCAGCCACUGUCCGCCCUUGCCCCCCUCUCACCAUGACUGAGACUGAAGAACACAACCUGUACAGCGCUAGCGGUGUUCUAUCUUUCAUCCAGUCCACUACACGACGGGCCUACCAGCAGGUCCUGGAGGUCUUGGAUGAGAACCCUCGCAGCAAACCAUCUCUGCGAGGGGGGUCGGCUUCAAGCUCCAACCCCCUGCAUGACUCCAGGCUUGCAUUAUCAACAUAUGAAGUCUCACUGGAUGGAGGACCUGAUGAUAUGACUGUGGUUGACGCGACAACGCUUCGACGUCAGCUCAUCAAGCUAAACCGGAGACUCCAACAUUUGGAAGAGGAGAACAAGGAGCGAACAAAGCGUGAGAUGAUCCUGUACUCGGUCACUGUAGCUUUUUGGCUCAUCAACACUUGGGUGUGGUUGCGGCGUUAGAGCUGUCCUGCAUUUCUGCCAUCACCUUGACAGGAGAACAUACUAUCCCUUAUUCUAUGUGUCAAAUGUUAGCUACUCGCUGCACUCAGGUCCUGUGCGAGAAAGACCUUGACACGUGUGUGCAAGGCCUGCUGUGCACAGGGCUGAUAUUUUGAUUUUGUUUAUUUAAAACAUGUACAGUUUUAUUUUUUUACUCUUCUCUCAUCCUGCUAUCCUCCUUUUCUGUUUUCUCAAGGUUUGUUUUUAUUAGAAGAUCUUCUUGCUCAGUGCUAAGCAUGACUUGUUGUAAAUAUUUGUUGAGCUUUGGAAAGAAGUCAUCCAGAGUUGCAGUACAGCAUACUUUACCAGAAGAGGAAAAUAGAACUGCGAUGCGAAGAUGUAACAUGUUGAAUAUUUAAUGUGGAGAGAGUAAUAUGUGACUUGACCUGGGAAAUGUAAUGGAAAUUUAGUAAAACCAAACAUAUGA